AUGGCACUGAUAAUUGCCAUAACUGAGCGCUGGCUAAGCGAGCGAUUUCAAACGGAGACCACCACGGAAACCAGCCCCACCUCCAUACUGCUCCAAUCUGCCGCGGGUAUAUCCGGCCAGAUAUUUUCUCUGGCAGCGAAAAAUGCGUUUGUGGUUGUUUUGUCGCUCAAGGGCUACAUAGACUCAUUGGUGGUAGAUCUGUCGUCUUACGCCGCCGAUGGAUCGGUUACCCUUUCGGACCUGGAGUCAAGCGGCGAUUUGGCAGAGUUGCUGAAGACGUACGAUUUCAGAUUCAAGCCUUUGAUAUCAAUCCCAGAACCACGCGAUAUACCUUCUGAGAGCUUGCAGAAUCAAUCCACUUUGGAACAGAACGCUCUAUCGCUCCCAAAGUUAAAUCCGCAGAACAAACCUCAAGCAACCCAAGGAACUCAAAACACCCAGGACCCUCAGAAACCACCCGGGUUUGAGGAUGAGUACCAAAUGACUCAACCCCAGUCAACUACGCCAAUAUCUGCUCCCUCACACUUCGGAGACUCGGAUCUGAACCCUUCUGGAUUGGGUCCCAAUCCGCAGAUGAAGGCCUACCUUGAUCCUUUGAACAGAGGAAUUGGUGGUGGCAUGCAUCCUACUGCUGAUGACCCAUUGUUUCAGGGACCCGGGCUCAGAUACGGAGCGGGCUCCCUCAGGCCUCCCGGAGCUCGGUUCGAUGAUCCUCUGUUUGGCGGUGGCGAUUUCGACAUGGUUGGCCAAGGAUUACCUGGAUCAAUGGGACUAGGACAGAACAAGUUUCGUGGUGGUGGUGGCUCAGGUGGUUUUGGUGGUGGCCCAGGUGGUUUUGGUGGUGGGUCUGGAUUUGGAUCUGGAUCUGGAUCUGGGUCUGGCUUCGGAUCCGGCUCCGGUGGUUUUGGAUUUCUUUGA